GGACGAUGGAUAAAAGUAAAACGAUUGUUAUCCUUCUUUUUGGUCUGAAACUCAUCAAAGUCGUUAUCUCAGAAGAGCGCCACCUACCCGAACUGUUACACGAUAUACUGAAUUCCGGAGACUACGAUAUUCCCAAGGAAAUCCAUCUCAUAAUGCAGAAAUACACAACUCGUCAACUCCGUUAUAUCACCUUCCUUCACCCUAUUCCUAUCCACGACCUGCAAGACCCUCCAAAGGUGCAGGAAUUAACAGGAUUCAUCAACCUCGAACCUGAUUCAGGUCUCGCCCACUCAAGAGAAUGUACUCGCAGUCGUCUACCAUCUGAUGGAUCUUGUCUUAACCUGAUUAUCGAGGAACCGCUGCCUCUCGAACAAUUAGAGGUAGACGAGAGACUUCGUUCGCGGGAAGUCAUACUUUUCUUGAAUCGUUUUGGUGUCAACAUCUUUUGUCCGUUAUCCACCUUUGCACCAGGCUAUAAAGGGAACAACCCAAAAGCAAACCGUGUGUGGUGUAAACUUGUACAUCAACGAGAACUGGACAUCUUCACAAGCCUCGAACCUCAUAACCCCGGUGCUCAUCACAUCGUCGCCCUCCUCCUUCCUCCCUACCCACUUCCGGCGACAGACCAGUACCUGAUUACCAUGCCUGAUUAUGGGAUCGAUUUGGAGACUGUAAUUAGGCUAAACAAGGACGAUCAUUUUCUAGCUGGGCCGCAGGUGGUUUGCACUAUCGCUCACCAGCUUUGCGAAGCCAUCGGUUUCCUGCAUUCACAUGACACAUACCACCCGGACAUCAAACCUCAAAACGUAGUCAUUGACCCAGAAACCUGCCAUCUUACUGUGAUUGACCUAGGCUGGUCCAUGCAAGGUAGUCAACCUUGUCAAGUCUCAGGCGGCACUGGGACCUACCAGUUUGCACCCCCGGAAGUGCAGCGUUGGUACGAAUGGGAGAAGAUCUUGCCUGAAGACAUGAUAAUGUUCGGAUCAGAGCAAUAUUGGAAAGAGCGCGCAGCUGAAGAAGAGGAGGAGGAGAAGGAAUCGCCACAAGUAUAUGCUGAGGAAGGAGUUGAGCCUGAAGGCUACGAUCCUCAACGUGCAGAUUCUUGGGCGGUAGGCAACGUCAUUCGCACUCUUCUUUACGCGGAAAGUUACGCUCGUGAUUGGGACGAACUCCACGAUUUUAGUUUGUGGUUGAAGAGGGAACGGCCUAAUAUGGACGAGGCUCUCAAAUGGCUCGAUUCUGAUUUUGGUCGUGAUCUGCCACCUAUCGAAGAAGAGGAAAACGAGAUAUUUCGUUCGGAGGAAAUCACACUUUUUUUGAAUCAAUUCGGAUAUAAGGUCCUCCCCAGUGGCUAUCCGUUGUCCACUGUUGCACCGGGUUAUAAAGAGGACGAUCCGAUCGCGAACCACGUGUGGUUUAAGGUGGUGCAUCAAGCAGAACUAGAUGCCUUCACGUUCCUCGAACCUCAUGACCCCGGUGCUCAUCAUGUCGCUGCCCUCCUUCUUCCUCCCCACCGACUUGGGACAGACCAGUACCUAAUUACUGUGCCCAACUAUGGAAUUGAUUUAGAGACUGUCAUUGAAAAAAACUGGGAACUGAAUGCUUCAUUUCCACUACUUGGGACCGCGAUCUACAAAAUCGCUCGCCAGCUUUGCGAAGCCAUCAGUUUUCUGCAUUCGCAUGACCUAUACCACCUAGAUGUCAACCCUCAAAACAUAGUCAUUCACCCGAGAACUCACCAACUUACUCUGAUUGACCUAGGCUGGACCAUGCUAUGCAGACAACCUUACCUGGAUUUUGCCACUGGGACCUACGAAUUUGUAGCUCCAGAAGUACAGCGUUGGCAUGAAUGGGAGGAAAUCCAGCUCGGAGAUAACCUCGACUCAAUAGCAGAGCCUAGAUCUUGGAAAGAGGAUGAUGCGGCGGAAGGAGGAAGGGAGGAAUCGUCGCAAUCAGAUACUGAGGAAGCUGUUGAACCUGAACGGUACAAUCCCCAACGCGCAGAUUCUUGGGCGAUAGGCAAUGUCAUCCACAUUCUUCUGCAGGUGGGUUACGGGGAUAGUUGGGACCAAAUCGAAGCUUUUAGUGUGUGGAUGAUGGAGGAGCGACCUAAGAUGGAUGAGGCUCUCAAGCGGCUUGAUACCAACCCCGGCGGGUGGUGACUCGCCGAUGCAAGGUGAAAUUCCAAUUCUAAUUUGGCAUAGAAUUCGAGCGCAGCCUCCCCCCCGAUACUAUUUCCCUUCCAUACUGCUCGAGUUCGGUGACACCCAGGGAGACGGGUGGAACGGAUAGUCAACGGACGGUACAUUUUCCAACAGAAAUGGUUGAGGUGUCACGAACCCAUCAGAGAAAAC